AUGGGAUUCAAAGAAGUCUUCAAGAAUCGCUCCGGCCUGCGCGUCGAUAAUCGCAAGACUACCUCUGCCGCGACACUAACCCUACGCCAGAGUCUGUGGCCUCUCAGUCUAGUUACUAUUUUAUUCUUCUUAUGGGGCUUUGCAUACGGUCUCUUGGAUACUCUGAAUAAGCACUUUCAGAACACCCUCCACAUUGACCGUACAAGGUCAGCAGGUCUCCAGGCUGCAUACUUCGGUGCAUACCCACUAGCCUCGCUCGGCUACGCAAAUUGGAUCCUGCGUCAUUAUGGAUAUAAAACAGUCUUCAUCUUCGGUUUAACGCUGUACGGCAUCGGUGCACUGUGUAUGUGGCCUGCAGGCCUACAUCAAUCCUUCGGUGGAUUCUGUGGUGCAACUUUCGUCAUUGGUUCGGGGUUGGGCUCGCUCGAGACAGCUGCGAAUCCGUAUUUGACCGUUUGCGGACCACCCAGAUACGCUGAGAUUCGAAUCAACUUCGCCCAAUCCUUCAACGCCAUUGGCACCGUUGUCGGACCCGUGUUAGGUUCAUAUGCAUUCUUCACAACGACAAACGAUAACGUCGAAGCCCUGCAGCGUGUGCAAUGGGUCUACCUAGCCAUUGGCAUUUUCGUCUUCUGUCUCGCAGGCGUAUUCUUCGUCUCGAAUAUUCCCGAAGUCACGGAUGAGGAUAUGGCAUUCCAGGUGGCCAGUACCCAUGUCGAUGAGCAGGAUAAGCCGUUUUGGAAACAGUGGAAAUUGUUCCAUGCUACGUUGGCGCAGUUUACGUAUACUGGUGCUCAAGUUGCUAUUGCGGGUUACUUCAUCAACUACGCCGUCGAUACCUGGCCCGGCACUGACAGUGCCAAGGGCGCGAAACUUCUUGCCGGUGCACAGGGUGCAUUCGCCGUGGGUCGAUUCCUAGGUUCGGGGAUUAUGAAGUACACCAGGGCUCGCUAUGUCUUUGGUAUUUAUUUGUCUUGUUGUGUGGCAUUCCUGGCUGCAUCUGUGACGCAGAGAAAUCAGACUGGUAUUGCGAUGCUCUACAUGGUUCUGUUCUUUGAGUCGGUCUGUUUCCCUACUAUCGUGGCACUGGGUAUCCGCGGCCUUGGUCGUCAUUAUAAGCGUGGCUCGGGCUUUAUUGUUGGUGGUGUAUGCGGUGGUGCAAUCGUCCCGCCUAUCCUGGGCCAUGUCGCUGAUAUGAGGAAUGACACUGGCUUUGCGUUCAUCGUUCCGACGAUGUUUAUGGUUGUUGCGUGGACAUACGCUGUUGCGGUCAAUUAUGUCCCUUCGUACAAAAUAACGGUCGAUAAAGUUGGUGAGAGCACUGUCGGAUUACAGAACCAGAAUGUUAAAGAUGAGGAGGCUGUCGUUGGGUCUCAUGAGAUUAACGAGAAGGAUUCGGGUCAUGCCGCUGAGGCUUUGGAUAAGGAAGCCGGUCCGGUGCAUAUCGAGCGGUAA